AUGAGGACUAACGCGUACCGAAGUGAUCGGAAUACCUGUCUAGCAAAUGAACCUCGACUCUCGGACCUGAAAAACCUCGUCUUAAAUCAGAUUUCCGAGCCGGAGGAACAAGUCAAGUACCUAGAUGCUGUGGACAAACUUGGCACCGCAUUUCGUUUCAUGAGUGUCGCAAAACAACCACUCGAGCCGGGUGCAGCUUUCGUGUGGCCAAUUUUGCUACAGCGAGACACCAUCCAUCUCUUCAUGCAAAGGUCUCCGAUUUCACUCUUACUGCUGGCACACUAUUGUGUAAUCUUGCAUCAUCUGGAUGGCUACUGGUUCUUACACGGGUGGUACAAAGCACUACUGCUUGAAAUCACCGAGAUCAUGCCUUCUGAAUUGCAGCCUUGGGUUCUUUGGCCGAAAAAUGUCUGCGGCUUGGUUGAUCUUUUAUAA